ACCAAAUUUUAAAAAAUCAAAAUCAAACCCUUAGAGGUCAAAGCGACGGCGACGGAGAGAGAGAGAAAGCAGAGAGACGGCGACAUCUCCCCCUCCUUCGUCGCGAUCGGAAACCCUGUGCCCUAAUUUCACGAAAAACCUAACGGAAACCUUGUUUCGCCGCCGUUCUGCGUCGCCCGGCGGCGGAAAUGUGCGCUUGGGGCGAUGCGUUUAAUCCUCACCGUCAUGCUCUCUUUCAUUCCUUACCUUUAUUCCUCUGAUCGUCCCUGCUCCUCCCCCGUCGCCGCUCGUCCUCGUAUCCGUCGCUGCCGUCUCACUCGCUUCGCCACUGCAUUGGUCGCCACCGCCGCUCUUCUCCUCGCCUCCGUCGCCUGGCUCUCUCUCGUCUUCUCCCCCGCCACUUCUCGUUGCUGGCACCUCCUUAGGGAUUGGGAAGACGCACAUAUCUGGAACAGACGGUACCAUCCCUAUAUCCCCAAAGAAAUCUCUCCGCCGUCGAUUCCAUCUCUCUCCGAUCAUGACGACGACGAGAUUCUCCUCCUCCAACCUAGGAAUCGCAGUCUCUGGGAGUCGAAUCGACUCGAUCUGUCUCUGCAUCACUUGAUGUUCGGCAUCGCUGGAUCUUCACAGCUUUGGGAACGGCGCAAGGAGCUCGUGAGGCUAUGGUGGAAGCCAUCUCAGAUGCGUGGUCACGUCUGGCUCGAGGAACAGGUUUCUCCUGAGGAAGGAGAUGAUUCUUCUCUUCCUCCGAUCAUCGUCUCUGAGGACUCUUCUCGAUUUCGUUACACUAAUCCCACUGGCCAUCCUUCUGGGCUUCGAAUCUCGCGCAUUGCGAUGGAGUCUUUCCGCCUCUCUCUCCCUGAUGUCCGUUGGUUUAUCCUCGGAGACGACGACACUAUCUUCAAUGUCCAUAAUCUUCUCGCCGUCUUGAGCAAGUACGAUUCUUCGGAGAUGGUUUAUAUCGGAUCCCCCUCGGAGAGCCACUCUGCUAACUCAUACUUCAGUCAUAACAUGGCUUUUGGAGGCGGUGGCAUCGCCAUUAGCUACCCUCUAGCGGAAGCUCUCUCUCGUAUCCACGACGAUUGUCUCGAUAGAUACCCGAAGCUAUACGGUAGUGAUGAUCGUCUCCACGCCUGCAUAACAGAGCUCGGAGUUCCUUUGUCUAAAGAGCCUGGCUUUCACCAGUGGGAUAUUAAGGGAGACGCUCAUGGCCUCUUGUCUUCACAUCCCAUUGCACCAUUUGUCUCGAUUCAUCACGUUGAAGCUGUGAAUCCACUUUAUCCGGGCUUAUCUACGCUAGAUAGUUUGAAACUCUUCACGAGAGCUAUGAGUUUGGAUCCCAUGAGUGUUUUGCAACGGUCGAUCUGCUACGAUCAUACUCAAAAGCUGACGUUUUCGAUAUCUCUUGGUUAUGUUGUGCAAGUUUUCCCGAGUAUCCUGCUACCACGGGAUCUUGAGCGAGCUGAGCUUUCUUUCUCUGCUUGGAAUGGGAUAAGUCACCCGGGUGAGUUUGAUCUUGACAUAAAGCUUCCGGUUUCAUCUCGUUGUAAGAAGCCUGUACUCUUCUUCUUGAAAGAGGUGGGAGGAGAAGGCAAUGCUACACUCGGAACGUAUGAGAGAUCCUCGAUAAAGGAUGAUUUGAAAAGGAAGCUUUUAUGUUUUCCACGGUCUCCUCCUCUGCAAAAGGUGGAAAAGAUACAGGUCCUUGGGUUUCCUCUGAGCAAAAGCUGGCACUUGGUGAGGGCACCAAGACGGUUGUGUUGCAGAGCAACCCCAACUACUAAUGAGCCUCUCAGAUUAACAGUUGGGCAGUGUGGAAAAGUCAUUUUGGGUUCCAUGGUUAGUUCCCAAUGAACGCUUAUGGUGGAUAUUGGAUCUAAAGCAUAUGAUGUUGUUUCAGCUCUAUCCUGUGGCUUUGUACAUAGGUAAGAUCCAGGACCUUAACUGUUGUCUGACCCUAGCAUGCUAAUGCCCAAAUUUAAUUCUUUUUUUCUUCCAUUGUUACUCUUUUGUUUCUUCCUUUUUGUACAUCUGAGAUUUCAAGAACUUAACCCAUCCUGUUGAGAAUCGAGUGCAUUUUGUACAACAUUUGAGCUUAGCACACCAUUAAAGCCACCUAUCUAUCUCAGUAGCUUGUUUUAUCUUUUACGAUAGCA